GAUUUUAGUGGACCUUUGAAUGGAUCUUUUCAUUAUGAUGAUGGAGAAGGGGGAAUAAGGGUUAUUACCCUAACUAUUCUGCCUCAUGGAGAGAUCGAAGUUCAAGAAAAAUUCAUAGUUGUCCUAAGCAUUGGAAGUGGCAGCACUGAAGUUGACCCAAAAUCUGGAAAUGUGACUCUUACAAUACAGAAAUUUGGUGAUCCCAAUGGAAUUGUUCAGUUUUCAGCAGAAUCUCUGCUAAAGAAAAAUUACACUGAACCUCAAACCAAUGAUGGACCGUUGAAUAUAACUUUUCUUAUCAGGAGAGUGCAAGGAACUCUAGGUGAUAUCACGGUCUAUUGGAGAUUGACCAGUUUAUCAGACAUUAACAGUGACUUCUCAGCUACUUCUGGUUGGGUUGUCAUUCCUGAUAAACAAAAUAUUGCAGAGAUUGUAAUUCAGCUUUUACCGGAUGAUGUGCCAGAAAUAGAUGAGCAUUGUAUGCUCCAACUAACCUCAGUAGAAGGGGGAGCUGAUUUAGAUAGUGUGAGAAGUGUGUUGUGGUUCACUGUCCUGGCAAAUGAUGACCCUCACGGUGUGUUCUAUUUGGACCCAGCAAGACAGACUGUCAUUGUAAACAAUGACUUGGAACGCUUCAUCCAAACUAAUGUGACAAGGCUUGGAGGAACAUUUGGCAAUGUCACCGUGGAGUACCAAGUAUCGUAUGAAAACACAGCACGAGAAAAUCUGACCGGAAUAAUUACCGGAAGUGUGUUUAUUCAAGAUGGUGCAAGCUAUGGUAUUAGCAAUGUGCCAAUCAGUAACCAGGUCUUCCUCUUACCCGGCUUUAAUUUUUCUCUUGAGUUGACAAAUGUCACUUUGAUGGGUGAAAGCAUUUCUGGAAAGCCUUACAUACAUAAAGGACAAAAGCCAAGUUCAGUAACAGUACCUCAGGAAGCUGCCAAUUCAGAGGUUGGUUUUGAAUCAGUUGCAUUCCGCCUUACAAAUAUCACAUCAGGGAUGGGUCAUGCUGUUGUUUACAGAGAAGGGUCUUAUGGCUCCGUCACUGUCAGCUGGCGCUCUGGAUAUCCCCCUGGUUUCAUGCCAAAGGACAUCCGCCUUGGCAAACUCUUACCUGAAUCUGGUGUUGUUGUCUUUCCACAUGGAGAAGACAGAAAAUCAAUCCCACUUUACCUGGAGGCAAAUACUAGUGGGCCUGAGGGCUUUGGAUUACAGCUGAUUGGUCUCAGUAGCAGUGUGCCCAGUGGUGCCCGUCUAAAAUCAGGAUUUACUUAUGCAGAAUUUGAACCAAUGGGAGUAUUCCAGUUUUUCCCCAAUUCAAGGUACAUUGUAGUGCAGGAAGACAACCAGACUGUGUCACUCCAUAUUCAACGCUUGUUUGGUUUCCAUGGCAACAACACAAAACUUACUUUCACAACCAUAUCAGGAAGUGCCAAAGAAAAAGAAGAUUUUGUGCCCAUUUUAAAUGGAGAACUGAUUUUUGAGAAAGGUCAAACCUCCUCAGUAAUAAUUAUUUCAAUAAUUAAUGAUAAAAUAUAUGAACUAGAUGAAUUAUUUUAUGUUAACUUAACAUCUGUAGAAAGUACUGAUGUCUACCACCAGAGGCCAAGACUACAUUUUGAUUACAGUCUUUCAUCUAUAACAAUAUUGGCAAAUGAUUUCAUGUCUGGGUUGCUAAGCGUUGGGCCUGCCAUAACAUUUAUCAAUGAAGAUUCAAACAAUAGUGCACUAAAUUCCGUGACUAUCCAAGUAAAGCGGACUCAAGGUUCUAGUGGGAUUGUUCAUGUCACACUUACUACCUUUGGGUCUCGAAAGGCCAAGAAUGGAUUGCAGGGACUACCUUUUGAGCAAAGUCACAUGUCCAGAAAUAUUUCUUGGGCAACUGAAGAUUUGGACUUUGAAGCACAAGCUAUUCUGAUUACCAUGCUGGAUGGCCAGAGUGAAACUCAGGUGUCUAUUAAAAUUAUAGAUGACGAUGAUCCUGAGGGUUUGGAGGUCUUCUAUGUCUUCCUCACACAUCCUCAAGGAGGAGCUCAGAUAAUGGAUGGCAGGGAUGAUGCUGGAUUUUCAGUUUUUUCAACCAUUAUUAUUCAAGGUAAUGAUUUACAGAAUGGCAUAUUGGGAUUUGCUGUGGAGUCUUUGGACGGUCUAACACUUGAUGAAGAUUCCAUCCAGAGGACUACGCAACUCAAAGUGUUACGACAAGCCAACAGGGCAUUUGAAGAUGUGAAGAUCUACUGGCGUGCAACCUUUAAUAAAACUUCAGUUGAACUUUACAGGGGUGAAGUAAGCUUGGUUAAUGAACUGCAGGCGGUAUCUGGAUAUACCAUCUGUACUGCUGGCCAAACAGUGUGCCUAAUUACUGUGGAAAUAAAAGACGACAAGGUUCCUGAAUUCGAGACCUAUUUUUUUGUUGAAGUAUACGAUGUUAGUGCUGGUGCAUCAAUAAACAGCAGUGUUCGAUUUGCCAAAGUAAUCAUCCUGGAAAGUGACUCUCCUCGCGGUCUGGUAUCAUUUGCACUGGGGUCUCGAGUGGCUAUUGCACAUAAAAAGACAACUUUAAUCAGCCUUCAAAUUUCCCGAAACCCCAACACAUCCCAGAUCAUUUCUGUGGAGUAUGUUAUAAUGGAACUAAAACGAUCCGAAGUGAUUGGCCAUACAGUAAUUUAUCCAGCUGUUGCAGGCCAGGAUUUUGUCAGCUCUGAAGGUAGACUCACAUUUGAGUCUGGGCAAAGGACUCUUGUACUGGAUAUUACCCUCACUCCAGAGAUUGCCUCACUCAACCCGUACCCAAAGCGUUUCCAAGUCUUACUUGUGAACCCCUCAGGAGGUGCCAAAAUAGAUCCACUGUAUGGAACAGCCAACAUUACUAUUGUGUCAGACCCCUCAUCCCAGUCUACCUGGGGAUUACUUGACCAGCUCAUUCAACCCUAUGAUGAGAGCAUACUGAGUAGAGUUCUGCAGACUCUUAACAAUAAGGCUGGCUCUGAAUUCUCACAAGAGCAACUUGGUGCAACGAUUGCUAUCAUGGAAAAGAUAGUAAGUGAUGGUGGAACUAAGGUUCUAACUGAGGACAGCCGCAUUUUAUUUUAUGACAUACUGUGCAGCCUCAUUAGCCCAGACCGCUUGGAUACACGUGGAUAUAGUCCAUUGAUUGAAGUUACUGAGGUGUAUGCCUUCUCCCUACUUACCGGUGUGACCUGUGCUCUCCAGGUGUAAGAGGGAAGACUGUUUUUGACACUUGCCCCCACAUUUCUAUACAUGCUUAUCACUGGUACCCGCAGCAAAUCAAUAGACAUAGGUUUGAUGGGAAGAGCGGAGAUACAAUCCAACUCCCUGAAAGACUGUUGACGGUUUUUCCAGAGAAUGCUACUUCAGAAGGAAGCUGCAGAUUUGUGCAGUUUAUUGAGUACAGCAGCCAGCAGUGGUUCCUUACAGGAGGGGAAGAAAGUGCUUUAAAUAACAAGAUUUUAUCAGUGAGCAUGAAAGGUAACAUCUCCUACCAAUUGGCUGAAGACAAUGAGGUAGUGUAUAGGAUUAAGGCAGCUGGAGGCCGCAUUGUACCAGACACGUCACAAUGUCUUUUGUGGAAUCAGGCAUCAGAAAGAUGGCUGCCAAAUGGUCCCUUGUGCAGAGUGGUGUCAGACACAACAGAGUAUGUGGAGUGUGCCUGCUCUCACAUGUCCUCCUAUGCUGUGUUUGCUCACAUGGACAACCUUUCAUCCUACAAUGAAGCCUUUUUUUUUGCUGGAUUUAUUUGCAUUUCUGGGUUUACGCUAGCCAUCCUCUCCCAGUUAUUCUGUACUAGGACCUUUAUGUUUGCAGCUAAGCUCCUAACACAUAUGAUGGUGGCCUGUUUAGGAACUCAGUUUUACUUGUGAUAGCCAAUCCCAUCCAUUUCAUGUUCAACUUAUAAAAGGAACACUGGACUGGCAGCUAUCGACAACAUACUUGAAGAUGUGUUAUUGUAUAAUAAUAAUAUUAAUAAUAAAUGACCAUUGAUUUAUUCCUCUGUGUAUGGUAAGUAUGUA